AUGAGCUCAUAAAAUCGAACAGUCAAAUAGAUCGGUCAAUAUCAAUAUAAUGAAAGACAUUGCUUGGGUGAAGGAGCUUACGGGAAAGUUUAUUAGGGGAUGGAUAUAAAGACUAAUGAAAUCGUUGGAAUCAAGAAAAUGGAUUUGGUGUUAUUUGAGAGGGAUACAUAUUUGAGGAAUUAGAUUGUUAGUGAAAUAGAGAUUUUAAAAAAGUUUAAUCAUCCCAACAUAGUCAGGUUUAUAGAUCUGAUUACUACUCAAAGAUCUCUAUAUAUAAUUACUGAAUUUUGCAAGGAUGGGGAUUUGAAGGAAUUUCUUCAAAAAAGAAGGUUGACUGAAAAAGAAGCUCAAGGCAUAAUGUUAUAAAUAGUAAAUGGAUUUAAAGAGCUGGUUAAAUAGGGAGUUAUUCAUAGAGAUCUCAAACCAGCUAAUAUAUUAAAUCAUGAAGGCAUUGUUAAAAUAGCAGACUUCGGAUUUGCCAAGUACGUAGAUAAUUAUACAUCAUAAUUGUUAAGAUCGUGUGUUGGUUCACCUUUAUAUAUGGCACCUUAAAUUUUGCAAAGGAAGACUUAUUCAACAAAGUGCGACAUUUGGUCUAUAGGUGUUAUAUUUUAUGAGAUGGUAUUUCACGAUGUUCCUUGGAAGGGGAGAGAUGAGUAGGAUUUACUUAAGAAUAUUCUGAUUAAGCCUUUAGUUUUCAAAGGUAAUCAAGCAAUCACGGAUUUCACUAGAGAUUUUCUUACGAAGGCUUUGAUUGUAGAGGAAUCUGAAAGGAUUUCGUGGGAUCAAGUCUUUCAGAUGUUUGAAAGUAUGGAAAAGGGAUUGGUUUCAAAUAAUCCCACUUUGUAAAAGUUGUACAAUGAUUAAAAUCUAAGUUGGAUGCAAAAACAGUAAUAAAAAAUGACAGGAGAUCAACUAGUUAAGUAAUUGUUGUUUUUGUAGCAAAUGAAAUAGAACAUAGCAUUUAGACAUUUUGUUAAUUUAGAGUUUUAUUAAAAAUUGGAUUAAUUGAAGUUGCUAUUUAGAAGAGAUUCAUCAUUAGAAGAAUGCAUAGUCAUUCUAGCAAGGCUCAUUUUAGCAUAUAGCAAUUUAUUAAUCUAAUUGAUCGAAGAAACCUGUGAUUCUGGAGAAGAUAUUCUAAUGAAGGGAACUAAGUGGAACAUCUUGAACUUCAUUAAAAAUGAAUAGGAAUAUUAUAAAAUAUUCUUUACAAAUUGUAAGGAACAAUUUUUUAAAGAAAUCCAAUAUGAAGUGGAAUUAUCGGAUUCUGAUCGAAAUAAAUUAGAAGACAGCUUCACUACUAAAAUCAUUAAAUUGAUUGGGGAUAAUUUGGAUGAUCUCAAAAAGAAGGCAUCUGAUGGAAUAUAUUAAGAUAGUUUAGUUGCCAUAGAACUAUUGUUGGAUUAAUAAAUUACUCAUAAAAAUAUUGUUAAAACAACUGAUCUCGAUUUUCAAAUGCUUUUGGUAGAAAAACAAUCAAGAGAGGAUUGGAGAAGAAUAUUAGAUCGCAUAACAAAUAAAUGGAGAUAACUUUAAAAAUUAUGA